AUCAUGGCGGUGUACAAAAUAAGGAUGCAAAAAAUGUCUGGAUCUCUGAUAACAAAUUGGUAAUCGGUGAUUUCAAACAAAGAAAUUUGAAAGACAACAUGGGGACCUUCAAAUGUGAAAUACAAUUUGAUGACAACCCUCAAUCAAUUUUUUACGCUGGUCAAAGUUUAAAUGGUAAAGUUGUUCUGACAUUGACCAAACCAAAAACUAUGAAAGACAUGUUACUCCGGAUAGUCGGAAAAGCCAGUUGUUCAUGUAGUGGUAAGGAAAAUUACACCGAUGGUGAUAAACAAAGGACAAGGACCACAAAAUUUUCAGCUGAAGAGACAUAUUUUGAAUCAGUUACGCAUUUACUGGGAAGAAAUAAAGGUGCAAAGACGACACUACCUGCCGGAAAACACAGUUAUAACUUCGCUACAAUUUUGCCUCCGAACAUGCCCUGCUCCUUCGAAGGAAAACACGGCUACGUGAGAUACACCGCCAAAGUAACACUUCUCAGACCUUGGAAAUUCGACCAGCAUUGCAAACAGGCAUUUACUGUUAUUUCACAUAAGGAUUUAAAUCUGGAGCCAUCGUAUCGGUGGCCUCUUCAAGUGGAGAACACUCAAUACUUCUGCUGUGGUCUUUCUGGUCCACUGAAUUUAUCAGUGCGGAUACCCACCAGAGCUUACGUUCCUGGCCAAGAAGUUGACUUAGAAAUCGAAGUGGCCAACCGGAGCAGAAUUAAGGUCCAAAAUUUGAGAUGUUCUCUUUAUCAGUUAAUCCAGUAUCAUUUUCAAACGCCGCACAAACGAACCAAAGAAGUAAAAGUUUUACUUUCUGAAAGUAUUGCGCCAGGUGUCAAAAGAAACACUAGCGCAAAUCUCUCACAUUCAGUAAAACUACCUCCAAUGCCACCGACUGACUUGCCAUAUUGUAACAUCAUAGAUAUUAAAUAUCAAAUAGAGGUUCUGGCGAGGGUUAACCGAUUGUACGAUAAUUUGGAUAUAACUCUUCCCAUAGUAAUAGGAACCAUACCUUUGAUAGCUAUGAAUCCAAUUACGGCACCAGCUUCACCACCAAAUCUUAAUGUAACACCAGGACCUAGCGCACCUUUGUUGCAAGAAUAUUUGCCCACCUAUGAAGAAAGUUUCCAUCACACCAAAAGUAUAAUUGAAAAUGAAAAUCCCAAACAAACCUUGGGUUUUGAAGGAUUUACUCCAAAGUAUCCAGUUUAUCAGCAUAUUGAGAAUUCAAAUACUGUUGGUACAUGA